AUGACCGUCCUGAUGUUCACCUCAGAGACAGAAUACUGAACUCCAGUUGCAGGAGGUGUGUUGCCUCCCAGGAUUUGGCAACUGUAGAUAGAGAGCUUGUCUGCAUGGCAGGAUGUAGGUGAAACCUCCAGAGGAGUCUUCAAGGUUAGAUGAUGACACUGUGAACAGCAUCCCUGCAAACUUUCCUGGUCUUGACUAUUUCAGGAGCAUAACACUAACUUUGUCAUAAAGGUGCAGAAACAUAGGUUUACCAGACACACACUCAUUCUUUAGAAUAUUUCUAUUGAUGAGUUAUUAACUUUACUUUUAUAAGUGUUGUUAUAUUACACAGUGGCUUACCAGGAAAAAAAACAAAAAAAUAUAAAGUAUUGAAUUUUUAAUAUUUAUUGAGUGUUUAUAAUAAAGCAUCAAAAUUUAAAACAUCAACAAUUUUUGGCAUAAAGUCUACAAAAAAUAACAAAAAUAUUCCUAUACAAAUUACACUGAAAAUACCAACAGCAAUUUACAAAAAAGUAAUCUUCACUUCAAUUAUCACAUCUAAAUCAGUCUGUGCACAUGACCACAGCGUAUUCCAUAGACACAUAAUACUCACACUGGGAGCACACGUUUUGCUGUCCUACUCUUUUUGUAGGAUGUACUUGAUAUCUCAAUGGUUUUGCUGUUUUGUCAAGGUUAUUGUGCUAUAGAGUGUGUAGCCAACAGGAACAUAAAAUAUCAAAAGAAGUUCUUAAAUUCUUACUGUGUGUUGUGCCUUUAGAAUACACAUCAAUGGGGCUGGGGGUUUAGCUCAUCACCAUAAGCACCUGCCUUGCAAGUAGGCAGUCAUGAGUUCAAUCCCCGGUACCGAUAAAAAAAUGAAAAAGACAAAAAAAAAAAAAAAAAAGAAUACACAUCAAUAUAUUUUCACAUCAAAGAUAACAUCAAAAAUAGAAACCUACGUGAACUGCAAUGUAAACAGAGACAAAAAUCUACCACAUAAAUAAGCUUUGCUUCAACUGUCAUAUCCAAAGCAGUCUUUGCACUUGUCAUACCCAAGGCAGUCUUGCAUGUUCCAUACACGAGGGACACUUCCACUGAUAGCAUGUUUUGUUUUCCUGUAUUUUCUUGUAGGACACAGUUGAGAUCUUUUUGUUUUCCUCUUAUCAUUGUGGAUCUAGGAAGCUGUGUGUGCCUAUUCACCUGUCAGCUCACCAGUGCACUCCACAGUACUUCACAUAAUUCACUGACAAGAAAAGCUGGAUUUUUCUCUGCUGUAAAUAAUCUCAUAUGAACUGUAGCCCCAAACCAUAAGAACAUUUCUGUUCAUAACAUCAUCUGGUUUAUUAUUCUAUGAAUAAACACCUUGUGGCUAAGUUCAAGGCUAAAUGUCUAAAUUGAAAGCAUAAAAAGUCCUCACAUGCACAAGGGCAUGCAUUAUGCCAUAGUUGACCCAUCAUUUUCCAUGAGGCCUUUACAUUCCUGCAAUCACUAUGAGAAAUCCCUCCUAAGCACACAGAUCCAUAAAUGCUUUCAGUUCAGCACCAUGUCAUAAAACAUUUUUGAAUAUGGCUAAUGGUGCAUAGAGAACACUUUACUUGAAUUUUAACCUCUAUAUUUCACAGAAUCUUGUAACAUUUCAUGUGUUAAAAUUUCCAACUUUGAAUAGCAGUAUCAGCAUUCGUCCAAUACAUUUCACUCUUGCCAAGUCCCUCACUAUAUUUUUGGACUUAGUAUUAACAUUAGAUCAUUUCAUUUGGUUAUGUGGCCAUUUUGCAACAUUUUCACUAGUCAAAUAUGUAUUCACAUUGUUUUGUCAUCUUAACAAAGGAGGUCGGUAUCAGUAUCAGUUGAUCUUUGCUCCACUUCACUGUCCCAGGAAGUUUGACUCACAUGGCCAAUUUCAAAGUCCUCUUCCUCCUCUUCAUCGACAUCCAUCCAUCCACAACACUCUUCUGUUAUGAAAGUGUUUUGUCAUAAUGGAUCAUCUUCAUCAUUCAUGCAUGAGUAAUCUGAUGAUUCAUUCACUUGUGACCUCCUCCAAGAUAUAGUUUUCACAUGCCAUUGUACAGAACUGGGCUAUUUCCACCAGAAAAAUCAAAAGAAAGCUUUUAAAAAGACAAAUCCUGGAGUAAUGGGGGAUUAUUGAACCCUCUUUGAUGCUUGAAUAAACACACAAAAGCAGGUAGAUGGAGCACAACGUGGGUGAAAAUCCCAUUUUGAGACUUUUGUACUUGCUCACACACCUCAUUGUUUGACCCAGCAAGUGGAUAAUCACAUAAACUGCUUUCCAGUGUCCCUCAGGGGAAGGUAGUGACAUGCCCAGCUGGCUAUUGCAGUAAAGUAAAAUUUACUGGUACAGGAUAGGCCUGCUGCAUGUGGUUAUGUUGCUACCUACACUCUAAUAUGUCCCUGUGUCUCCUGAAACCUUUUCUUAACCAAAGACCCACUCCAACAGUAGAGUGGCCAACUCUUCUGUAUUUGGCACAGAGGACUUUUACUUUGUACUUUUUCUACCUUCUUGCUUUGCAUCUAAUUGGGUGAGGUUUCCCAUCUCGUCUCCCAGUCUCUGCUUUUGAUUGGGAAGACACUGCCCCUUCAUUAGAAGGGAAUUAGAGCUUGCAAGAGUUUGCCUCUGUCAGGUGGCUGUUUCAUGAGCCUUGCAGCAUCUUGUCCUUGCUCUUUUUCAUCUUCUUCUUCUUUAUUUUUUAAAAUUUUAUUUUAUUUUAUGUUUUUCGUAUCAGAGAUCAAACUCAGGACCUCACACUUGCCAGACAGAUCUUAUGCUGCUGAGUUAAAUCCCUGGCCUAAAAAGAGGAUAAAACCAAGGAAAACAAAACAGAACAAAACCGAUCAAGAUAAACCAGUAUAAGUGAUACAGGUCUUUAAAGCUUAGAAAAUCAGCAAUAGUUACCAUAAUGCCUCUAUCAUCUUCAAAAUAGCUGCAGAUACCUUUGGACCUGGUAAAAAUCAAACAACAGAAUAGAGCAGAAACAACAAACACAAAACAAUGACUGCAGUAAAGGACUUCAAAACAAGCUCACAGUAAGUCCAGAAUGGCUACCAUAACACGUCUUGCUAUCUUUUGAACAGUUGUUCAUGGCUGCAGAUUUAAUAUAAUCAAACAAAAUGAAAGAAUAAAACCCAACCAACAAAGCAAUGAAAAUGACAUGGUUUCCAGGCAGGGCCCACCCCCUUGUGAGGCCUGGUUCUCGCUCCACAGUCUGCGAAUGCUGCUGACUGGGAGAGAGGCUUGGGCGUGGCUGUCCCCACUCCAGGAGCAGCUGUCCUGCUCUUCUGCAGGAGCCAUUCGUUUUGGAGUCAAUGGGCUCGUCACCUGUGUAAAAGCUAUUUAUGUUUUCUUUGAGGAUGCCGUGGAUAUAACUUUGAAAAUCCCAAGGCCACCCCAGGGUGGUGUGAAUCCGUGGCAGUUAAACAUAGCCAUAUACAGGAUGCUGCCCCACAUCUGGGGAGUGAGUUUGUAGUUUCCUCCACGUAUGCCACAAUGUGUCUCAGGAAAUACAGUACUACAGGGUGCAUUGUUUUCUUUUCAAUAUGUGAGCCUCUAACAUGUAGAAUACAAAACCAGUCCUGAUUUUCAUGAAGGUCCACGUAUUCAGCUUUAACAGACUUUUCUUCAGACUUGAGUUCCUGCAAAAAAAUUCUCCUUUGUGAGCCAGGGUCUUGCUCUGUAGCCCAGGCUGGCCUUGAACUCACAGUGAUCAUCUUGCCUCAGCCUCCUGAGUGCUGGAUCACAGGCAUGUGGGACCACAGCUGGUUCUUUCAUUUCAACCUAAGGGACUCCUCUACCCAAGGCAGGCCUAGUAGGAAGGACGGACAUUCUUCAGUGCUUGCAUCUAGGAAUGUCUGAGUUUUCCCCCUCAUUUUAAGGACAGUUUUGCUGGAUGUAAAAUGCUUAGUUGAGAGCGCUUUUUGUUUUGUUUCACUGUUUCAUUCACACAGCACAUGUCCAUCUGUUUCCUUCUGUCCUCCUGUAACAGAAUAUCCCGCACCCCAGUCAGUAUACUGCAGUUUCUUAGUUGUCCAGGUAACAGUUCUGACUCUAAGAAACGGCUGGUCACUGUGAUGUCUAGCUGGUCACUGUGAUGCACACUGCAUAAACCAGCCCCAAUCAACAAGCCAUUUUGCCCCUGUACUCCCCACUUGCUUAUCCUAUACAGGCCCCAGACCAUCAGAGAUCAGGGCCUGAUAUUCUGGGAAUGUACCAAUCAGUGCCCGUUGGUGUAAAUAAAUGUGUCUCCAACUCUUGGGUGUCCUUUCUGUGACUGUGCUUGCCGCUGCUCUCCAAGGAUUUUGAGGAUAAGUCUAAUGACUAUGUUUUUGGGGAAUUGCUGUCAGCUGCACAGGCAUUAAUUUAUUUGUCAUAUUUUAUACACUGACCGUUACGUUAUUCUAAUGUAAGUGAAGUUGCAGCAUCACUUUGACACCAGUAAGAAUUAAGAGCAAAAGGAACUGGAGAUGCUGAGUGUAGACAUCAUGGGAUCUCUAAAUGUAAGAGGUAUUACAGAUGCUGAGAACAGAUUCUCAGAACAGAAACAAAAGGGAUAUUGAAGCAUCCUACAGGUUUGAAUUUCAAAAACUCAAGUGUCAAUCUCCAUAACUCACAUUAGUAAGACAUUUUGUAACAUUUUUCUGUUAGAAACAAAAGACCCUCAUGGCCAAGAGUGUGAGGGGUGAAGUGGAGGUGACCAGCUCUGCCUGGGCCCACUGGCACCAUGACUUCACAAGAUCCCCUGUGAGGUCACAGCAGAUAGCUGUAUAAGGUAGGGUUUUCAGCCCAGAGACCCUUUGUGGGUGAAGUGGAGUGGUGUUUGGAGAGUAGUUGGUGAUUUGAGAUUCGAAAUUUUGAUAAUUGAUUUUAUAAAGUCUAGUUCCAUCAAGGCAUCCUUUGUGGCGUGUGAAACAUCUUUGCUGGACGUCAUGUCAUCGUCCACAGGAACAUUCUUUGAGGACUAUGACAUGCUUUUCCCCCUUGGUGCGGGUCACUUUGCCAAGGUGGUUCUCACUGAACAUGUGAGCACAGGGAUGCUGGUAGCUGUGAAGGUACUUCAAAAGGAGAAGUUGAGGCCUACUGCUAUUAUACGGGAGGUCAGCAUCCUAAAGGACCUUCAGCACCCCAAUAUCAUUCAGUUGCUGGAAGUGUCAGAAAAUAGUACCUGUAUGUUCCUGGUGUUGGAGUAUGCGUGCGGGAAAGACCUGCAGCGCUUUAUCAAGUUUGCUGAGACACAGAAGCUGGGGGAGGAAAGGGCCCGGCUGAUAUUCCGAGAACUCCUGGAGGCUGUGCAGUACUGCCAUGACAGCGGCAUCAUCCAUGGGGACUUGAAACCGGCGAACAUAUUAAUGGACCGUGAAGGCCACCCCAAGCUCAGCGAUUUUGGCUUGGCUUUCAGGUUCCUUCCUGGCCAGGAGGUGACCGCGUGUGGAUGCACCCUACAGUAUGCUGCCCCAGAGUUAUUCUUACAAAAGAAAUACCAAGGCCCACCACUGGACAUUUGGUCUUUAGGGGUAAUUUUAUUUGAGAUGGUCGCUGGGGUACGCCCAUUUAGUGGGACCAAAACAGAAUUGAUGAAGAAUGCCCUAAAGGGGCGAUACCAGUUUCCCCAGCACUUCUCCAAAGAGGUGCAAAGCUUAAUUAAGGGUCUUCUCAACCCUGACCCAAGCAUGCGUCCUACCUUGGAGCAAGUAAGGCAGCAUCCAUGGCUUCGGCUUGAAUCUGUCCCUUGUCGACCUCCUCAAUUGCUCCCCAAAGCCAAAGAAAGGGCAAUACUGGACUUUUUGGAUGGGAAGGGGUACAACCCGCUGAAGGUGAUUGAUGCAGUGAAGUACAGAAAAUACAAUCGGUACAUGGCGCCCUUCCUGCUACUACGGGGCAUGGCACUCCGGAAAUUCCACUUCGGGUCUGAGGUGAAGCCCACACACAAACGUGAGGCUGAACAUCUGUUUGAACAGUCCACAAACAAAGAUGACACGUACAAAAAUCUGCUAUCUUCAUCUCCUCCCCCUGUAGCUGCCCCACCAGCUAGGAGGGAGAGUGAGCCCUGCCUCUUCACUGGCCACUUCCUCCCCGAGGUGAAGCCUCUCGGCCAGCAAAGGAAGACAGUCUCCCUGCCAAUUGACAUCAGCAGGACUCCCCCUGCUCGCACAUCCUGCCAGCGCAGUCCAAACUUAGUUGGUACCUCUGGCCAGCCAGGCCCCGCUAAUCUCAUAGCAUCCCACAAACCAAGUUGUGCUGCUGCUACUACCAAGGCCUGCCAGCCCAGCCAUACUACUACCAUCAAGUCCUGCCAGCCAGGCCCUUCUACUCCCAAAGCAUCCCGUCAACCAAGCCCUGCUUCUCCCAUCAAGUCCUACCAUCCAGGACCUGCUACCCCUAAAGCAUCCCGUCAACCAAGCCCUGCUUCUCCCAUCAAGUCCUACCAUCCAGGACCUGCUACCCCUAAAGCCAUCCCAUCAACCAAGCCCUGCUUCUCCCAUCAAGAAAAUCUUCCGUGCCUCUACUAGGCCAUGCUGGCAGCCCAACCCUGCCUCUCCCGGUGAGUCCUUCCAGCACAGCCCUGGGACUCCAAAUGCUGCCUUCACUGCGGCCCCAGCCCCUGUCAGCAGUAGGAGGUGGGGCUGGAAAACUGUCAAGAGAACCAUGAGAGACUGCCUAAGGGCCCUGUGCUGCUGCCCCGUAUCGACAUGCAAGUGUCACAAACACAAGGUGGUCCCAGUUGCAGAUCCAUGAUCCCUCCUAUGGAUGUGGUCAUCCUGACAGCGAGGUCAGCCACACAAGUGGAAGCCACAGUGAGUUGCCUUGCAGCCCUUUGUGUAGGGAGCUGGAGGGGAGAGGAGGAGUCAAGAUCACUAGUGCAUCCUGUGGGCGAGAAGCAGAGGGAGGGGUUGGUGCACAGCAUGGGAAGGCUGCACAGGCACCAGGAGCUGAGAGCCAGUGAGAGGAAGACAGGAGGAGCAGGGGGGAGAGUCACCUGGCUUGUAUCCUGCUGUCUGAGGGAGGCUGCCCCAGGGACAGGGAGGGCUGGGCACCAUGGACCUGACCACAACCUCCCAUGAGGAUGCAGGGAGA